GCGAGUUUUCACGACAUAAACGAUGUCAUAAAUCACCUGUACUUCCCUAAGAAAUGAAAAGGUCAAACUUGUAUGCGGAAAUGUCAGAAAAAAAUAUGGCAUCGGGAGGAGAAGGAAACGCUGAAGGAUCUUUAAUAGAUACCAUAGUGAAACAGCUAAUUGUGUUGUUAAAGAAUUUCAUCUGGAAGCAGAUCGAAAGACGUUCACUGGGUGAUGCUGAAAUGAUUCGGAAAGAACUGGAUGCACCACAGCUUUGUACCCCACAAAUGCAAAAAAUCUCUCAGUGUCUCCAGGUUGUUGGAGAUCAAGUGGAUGGAGAUGUUCAAAGUGCAAUGACAGAUCAAACAAUACGUCCCUCAAUAGACAACUACAUAAAAGUUGUCCUCGGGAUCUUUUCAGACGGUGAAAUCAACUGGGGCAGGGUGGUUACAGUAUUUUCCUUUACCUGCCUAUUCGUUUUGAAAGCAUAUGAAGACAACAUUUAUGACAUGAUAAAAAACAUAAUCAACUGGACCAUAGAUUAUUUCCGGAAUAAGGUUGUCAACUGGAUAAAAGAUCAAGGUGGCUGGGAGGGGAUUUACUCCUACAUUGGCACUCCCACAUGGCAAACUGUGGCAAUUUUUCUGGCUGGUGUUCUCACCACCCUUUUUAUCACCCACAAUGCGAAGCGCCCGUGAGGCACAAACGGAAGAACUAUGCAACAGUUGAAUGAGAAGAUAAUGGGCGUCUGCAAGUCAAGUCAAACAAAAGGAACUCGUAUACAGGGAAGGAUUCCUUAUCUCCCAUUCGAUUGUGAGUUGGACUAGAAGUGCUCCUGUUUACAUGCACAAAAUCAGAGGGACGGGGAAGAUUUUAGAGUUAAAGGGGAAAAAAAGUGAACUGAAUAAUUUUUAGUUGGAAAAAGCAGAGUUUCAGUAGAUGUCACGUAUUUACAUUUAUUUGCACUUUUGGUACUUACUACAUUUUUCAAGUGUCUAGAACUGAAUAUUUAGUUCCAAGUUGUUUCAGAAACUAUGCCUACCCAACAUACUGUCAGUUCAUAUUUUGUGGAACAGGCACUGCUAUCCACUUCAAAGUUUGUGGACACUUUAUUUGAAAUGUGCUGUCAAUUACACCUUGUGAGUCUGUAAGUUAAGCAUUUGGCGAAUUAUAUAAAUAUAUUACUCUUGAAAGAUGUUAUCUUCUAACACCCUUAUAUAUGUGUCUAUUUCAACAUCUACAAUAUUAAAAUGUAGUUAGUACCAUGUGGAGCAUUGUUGGAAUAAAAAAAAAUGUCUGAAAAGCAAUUUGUAGAACCUACAUUAAUGUUAGAAUGUGCCUUAUUGUACGUCAUGCGCUCUGUCAGAGCUCAAGUGCUCUGUCUGAACUUUGGUGAACUGUAUUUCAGAAUGUAAAAGGUAUUUUUAAAGCAUCUGCUUUAAUUGAAUGACAUGCAAUCAUCACCUUGAGUUUUCAUGCAUUUUUGUCUACAUGUAUUUACUUGUGUUUUGAGACAUUGGGGUUUGUUCAUCAUGUGUUUUUGAGUGUCAUGGACUAAUAUUUAAUGUGAGCAUUGAAAGAAGUUUAUGUUCAACCUAAUUUUUGACAAGUUCUGAGCACUUUAUAUCUGACUAAUAGAACUGCUGUAAUAUUAUAUAGUUAGUGCCUUCUGUUUUUUUAUGAGAAUAAUUGUAUUACAAGGUUUCAACAUUUUCUGCCUUACAAGGCUGAAAAAUGCCUCAAAUUCACAUCAUAAGUUGAAAUAAAUGCCUCCUUUUUAAAUAC